GUUGCGACCGACCGAGGGCUACGAGAAGCAGUUCCAAUUUUCCCUCGUUGUAGGGCAGCGGGAAUCGAAGACUGCGCUAAAUUCUCGUGGAGUCAUUGAGCCGUGGAUGUGAGCGAUGGCUCUGCCGUUCCUGGCCAUAAGUCACAUUUCGUUCUUAGCUUCACCCUGGAUAGAGUUUCCCAAGGGCUCGGGGUGGAGGUGGAUGGUCAACGCGCGGUCCCAGUGCCAGGCUUCACUCACUCACUCCAGGCUCCGGCUCCUGCUUCCUCAGCUCAACCGAGCUGUCACCUAGCCCAGCCCAGCCCAGGGCACCCGGACUUACCCCUCUGAUCACACGAGGGAACCGGCUCCUCACGCCCGGGAACAACCGCAGCCAUGAGCCGGGUGAGCUUCUUCGAGGUGGAGAUUCUGGAUGCCAAGAACAAGGAACAGCUAUGCUUCCUGGACAAGGUCGAACCAAAUGCCACAGUUGGAGAAAUAAAAUCCAUGUUCCACAAAUCAUACCCCCAGUGGUAUCCAGCAAGACAAUCCAUCAGGUUAGAUCCCAAGGGAAAAUGCGUCAGGGAUGACGAAGUGUUGCAAACGCUCCCGGUCGGCACCACCGCAACCUUCUACUUCAAAGACCUUGGCUCCCAGGUUGGCUGGACUACGGUGUUCCUGACGGAGUAUGCAGGCCCUCUCUUCAUCUACCUGCUCUUCUAUUCCCGCCUGCCUUUUAUCUACGAGGAAGAGCAUGAAUUCAGCACCAGUCCUCAUGCCGUUGUGCACCUGGCUGGCUUUUGCCAUUCUUUCCACUAUGUCAAACGACUGAUCGAAACGCUGUUUGUGCAUCGAUUUUCUCACGGCACAAUGCCUCUUCGCAACACCAUUAAGAACUGUUUCUAUUAUUGGGGCUUUACAGCGUGGCUGGCUUAUUUCAUCAACCAUCCACUCUACACACCUCCCUUUUAUGGUGACCAACAAGUCAAUCUGGCACUAGGUACCUUUGUGGUGUGCGAGCUGGGUAAUUUCUCAAUCCAUAUAACGCUGAGGAACCUGCGUUCAGAGGGAUCCAAGAUGCGGAAGAUUCCUAAACCGACAAAGAACCCUUUCACCUGGCUUUUCUUCUUCGUUUCCUGUCCAAACUACACGUACGAGGUAGGGUCUUGGAUUGGUUUCACCAUAAUGACGCAGUGUCUUCCAGUUGGACUGUUCACCCUAAUCGGUUUCUUUCAGAUGACCGUCUGGGCUAAAGGGAAGCACCAUAUGUAUCUGAAGGAGUUUAAGGAUUAUCCCACCCUGCGCAUGCCAAUAAUACCUUUCUUGCUAUAAUAUAGCAAACUGGGUCCCACUAAUUCAAGGUCCUCUUGCCGGUAGUUUUCACCAUUGUUGCUGGACUGACAUUCUCUUGCUGGAUCAUCAGUGUAUGUUGAUGGCCAAUAUUGAUUUGCAAAUUGAAACCACACAGGAUCCAGCAGCAGUGAACUGUCCCAAAUCAGGAACAUCGUUGGCUGGUUAUUAUACGACUCCACGCUGAUGUGUUCUAAAUCAGGUUGAUCCAAGCCUUGACUCUCCCCAAUUAUCUCACAUUAACUUGGCCUCACAGCGAUGCUCUGAUGCUACUGCUCGUCACACUCUGUGCACUUGCACUGGUUCAUAUUUUACUGUCUGGUUAAAGCAGGGAGCUUUGCUGUUACAAAAAUGUUGUUUCCUAAAUAAACACAAAUGCGGACAGCAAA